AUCCCACAUUUCUCUCUCCUCCUCUCUAUAAAACCCAACGCGCCUCCUGCCUCUUCUUAACCCAACCGUCAUCGCCUUCUCUUUCUUCUUUCUUUAUUCAAAAUCUGAAACAGCUUGAACAAGGAUGGCUCCAAGAGCCGGAUCGAAUAGCAACUCCAAACCCAACUCCGCUACCAAGGAGAUCCGUUACAGAGGCGUUAGGAAGCGCCCAUGGGGCCGUUACGCGGCCGAGAUCCGUGACCCCGGCAAGAAAACCCGUGUCUGGCUUGGCACUUUCGACACUGCUGAAGAGGCUGCGCGUGCUUACGAUGCUGCUGCUCGUGAGUUCCGCGGCUCCAAGGCCAAGACUAAUUUUCCGUCGGUUACCGAACUUAACAACGCGGCCGCUGCGGCACCUGUUGUCACCAUCGCGCGCAGCCCAAGCCAAACCAGCACCGUCGAGUCUUCCUCUCCCCCGCCUCCACGCGCUGCUUCUCCUCCACCACCUCUAGACCUCACUCUCAACAUUCCCAGCUAUCAUCGCCGCAGCCAUUUCUCCAAUGGUGGUAGCUAUCCCGGGGGCGCGUGUGUUUCACUCGCGGCGGUUUCUGGCCCAGUGUUCUUUUUCGACGCUUUUGCUCACGGGGAGAACAUAAAGCACACUAAAUCUAACAUGUGCAGAUUUGAUCGGACGGCGGCGAUGAUGAACGGCGGGGUUCAGAGUGAUUCAGAUUCUUCAUCUGUUGUUGAUUAUGACCAUGAUCUUAGUCCUUGUAACAAGGGAAUAUCUCUUGAUCUUAACCUUCCUCCGGCGGAAGUUGCCUGAUUUUGAGGAGAUCUGAUUUUUGGGAAGUCGUUUGGGGCUUCGUUAUUUGUCGUUUAUUUUAUUUUACUUUUCAUAUUUUUACUCAAUUUCCAGUGGAGGCAAAAGGAAAAUGAGAAGAAGUUAGAGCUAAGGAAGGAAGCUGACGUUUCUUUUUUAUUAUGUAUAUAAAGAGAUAACCAAAGCAAAAGCUUAUGUCCCCUUUUUUUUUUUCGGCAACUGAGAAAUCAUAGAUUUCUCAUAUGUUGUUUCUACUGUUAUUAUUGUUUACUAAUAAAAAUAUAUAGAUUUCUGUUUCUAAUCAAAA